UUCUGUUAAAACCCUUCUCUAUUAAUUACACCUGCAAACCCGUUAACCCAAAACCCCAUCGCCGUCGCCUGCACCGGCAACGGCGAAUCCCUCCCUGUCGAAACCCCACCUUCUGAAAACAUACGCGUAGAAAUCUUUUCCGCAAUCCAGAAAAUACAGAACAAAUAUGGACGACGGAGAAGGAGGUCUAAGUUUCGAUUUCGAGGGCGGUCUUGACCUGGGCCCCACUCAUCCUACGGCAUCCAAUCCGGUAAUCCAACCCUCCGAUGCCUCAGCUUCGGCCAUCGGUGCCUCCUCCGCAGCCGCUAAUAUUACUAAUAAUAGUUUGAACCCAUCAGUAAUUCCUCCGGCUGCGGCGGGGGUGGGGGCGGCGGCUCCAGAUGGCGGAAUGGGUACAAAUCAGAGGAGGAGCUUCCGGCAGACAGUUUGCCGGCAUUGGCUCCGGUCUCUGUGUAUGAAAGGUGAUGCUUGCGGAUUCCUUCACCAGUAUGAUAAAUCUCGGAUGCCGGUUUGUAGGUUUUUUCGGCUUUACGGGGAAUGUCGUGAGCAGGAUUGUGUGUACAAGCAUACUAAUGAGGAUAUCAAGGAGUGCAAUAUGUACAAAUUAGGGUUUUGUCCAAAUGGUCCUGAUUGUCGAUAUAGGCAUGCAAAACAGCCUGGACCUCCACCUCCUGUAGAAGAAGUCCUCCAGAAGAUUCAGCAAUUGACUUCCUACAACUAUGGAAAUACAAACAGGUUUUUGCAAAACCGGAAUCCUAACUAUUCACAACAGUCAGAAAAGUCUCAGUUUUCACAAAUACCCAAUGGUGCAAAUCAAGUUGCAAAACCUACUACUGCAGAGUCCCCUGCCUUGCAGCAGCAGCAGCAACAACAGCAGCAAGGUCCACCGCCACAACAGAUCAGCCAGGCUCAAGCACAAAAUCUUCCAAAUGGCCAGCAAAAUCAAACAAAUAGAAUGGCAACACCCCUGCCCCAAGGAACAUCUAGGUACUUUAUAGUCAAAAGUUGCAACCGUGAGAAUUUAGAAUUGUCGGUACAACAAGGAGUAUGGGCAACUCAGAGGAGCAAUGAGGCCAAGCUAAAUGAAGCUUUUGAUUCAGCGGAUAAUGUUAUUUUAAUUUUUUCAAUUAACAGGACCAGACAUUUUCAGGGCUGUGCAAAAAUGACAUCUAGGAUUGGUGGUUCAGUAGGCGGUGGCAAUUGGAAGCAUGCACAUGGAACUGGGCAUUAUGGAAGGAAUUUUUCUGUGAAAUGGUUAAAGCUCUGCGAGUUGUCCUUCCAUAAAAGUCGUCAUUUGAGGAAUCCAUACAAUGAAAAUUUGCCAGUGAAGAUAAGUAGAGAUUGCCAAGAGCUAGAGCCAUCUGUUGGUGAGCAGUUAGCCUCCCUGCUCUAUCUUGAGCCAGACAGUGAACUAAUGGCUGUUUGGGUUGCAGCCGAGUCAAAGAGAGAGGAGGAAAAGGCAAAGGGUGUCCCGGAAAAUAGAAGUGAGAACCCAGAUAUUGUCCCAUUUGAGGAUAACGAAGAAGAGGAAGAGGAAGAAAGUGAGGAAGAAGAUGAGAACUUUGGCCAGGUCUAUGGGGCAGCAGCUCAAGGCAGAGGUAGGGGUAGAGGAAUGAUGUGGCCUCCUUUUAUGCCUUUAGCACGUGGGGCCAGGCCACUCCCUGGAAUGCGUGGCUUUCCCCCAGGUAUGAUGGCUGGCGAUGGAUUCUCAUAUGGUGGCAUGACACCUGAUGGUUUUCCAAUCCCAGAUCCAUUUGGCAUGGCUCCCCGUCCUUUUGGUCCAUAUGGCCCUAGAUUCUCCGGUGAUCUUGUUGGUCCUGGACCUGGAAUGAUGUUUCCUGGUCGGCCUUCCCAGCCUGGGAAUUUCCCAGUCGGUGGAUUUGGGAUGAUGAUGGGUCCAGGAAGGGCCCCUUUUAUGGGUGGAGUAGGUGCUGGCGCAGCAGUGCAACCAAGAGCUGGUCGACCAGCUAGUAUGCCCCCAGUGUUUCCCCCUCCAUCCUCUCAACCAUCUCAAUAUUCAAAUCGGACUAGGAGAGAUCAGAAAGCACCAACCAGUGAUAGAAAUGACAGAUUUAGUUCCGGUUCAGAUCAAGGCAAGGGUCAAGAGAUGGCAACCUCAGUCGCUGUAACUGAUGAUGACUUGAGGCAUCAGCAAAGAGGGAAGGCUGAAGAAGAGGACAAGUUUGGUGGUGGAAACAGUUUCAGAAAUGAUGAAAGUGACAGUGAGGACGAGGCACCGAGAAGGUCGAGACAUGGAGAGGGAAAAAAGAAAAGGCGUAGUCUAGAAGGAGAUGCUCCCAAUGGCUCUGAUCUGCAGACAUGACUUGCGAGGAUAAAAUCACAUCGAGUUUGAAAUUUUCUUGAUCUGAAAUCAUCUUAUGUAUCUUGCAGUGAACUAGAAACAUCUUAUUUGUGUUGCAGUGAAUUGUAUUUUGGGUUAAUUUCACAUACCUCCCCUGAGGUUUUUUACAAUUGUAGAAAGCUCCCCUCAAGUUUUAAAAAUUA